CUCCAGUUAACAAAUGGCCUAUCUAAACUUCACUCCGCAAAAUGUCAGAGUAAUUUAUGAGGUAUUUCUCAGGAAAUAGAUUUUGGCCGGGGGAGGGGGGCGACUCGCACUUGUACGGAACAUCUUGGCAAUUGUUUCUGUGUGACACACGUUUUUUCCUAACGUGUUUGAGUACUUUUCUCAUUGAAAAUUAAUGUUUGUGGGUUAGUAUGAAGGAAAUGGGGUUGAGAUUUUGUUGCUUUACGUUUUCUUGUUUGGGGCAAGAAUCUUUAGGAUUUUAACGAUUAUUCAUAUAUUGGGGAAAAACUAUUUUGAAGACAGUAAAAACAUGGAACAUAUCUUUAUGCUUCUCUAAACUCUUAAAAAAUUUUGGUUGCUAUCAAAGGUGACUUGAAUUCUUCAUCACGUCAUCAUUGCCUAAAGAGACACAAAGAUAUUUUUUUGUUAGGAUUACUUAAUAAAUUAACUUGAUAGCCAUUAUUUGAUAAUUUUCUUUCCUGACUGAAUGCCUUCUGUUUAACAGUUUAAAGUAAUUACUGUUUUUAGUGUUUGGAAAGCAUUAUUUAAAAAUUUGAUUCAACACUGGUAGUCUAUGUGUUAGUAAGCUGCUUUCUGUUAACCCUAAAAAGGAAUCUUCUGGUAGGACAUUGAAAUCGUAACAUUGAACUACCGCAAACAGUGCUGGAUUUGGAAGGUUUUGUCCUAGUUCUGUAUUAGUUCUAGUUUGGAGUUCUAGUACUGGCUCUUCCACUGAGUAGCUGUCUCCUUGGAUGAGAUAACCUAUGAAUGUAACUGUGUGCGAAGUGGAACACCUCUAUCUCAAGAUUGUCCUGUAAGAUUCUAAAGGAAGACUUUCAUUUGGUAAUUUGUUUAAUCAGUGCAAGUGAAAUUAAGAAACAAUGGAUGUAGAAAAUGAGCAGAUACUGAAUGUAAACCCUACAGAUCCUGAUAAUUUGAGUGACUCUCUUUUUUCUGGAGAUGAAGAAAAUACUGGGACUGAGGAGAUAAAGAAUGAAAUAAAUGGAAAUUGGAUUUCAGCAUCCUCCAUUAACGAAGCUAGAAUUAAUGCCAAGGCAAAAAGGCGACUACGGAAAAACUCAUCCCGAGACUCUGGCAGAGGAGAUUCAGUUAGUGAUAAUGGAAGCGAAGCCCUUAGAAGUGGAGUAACUGUGCCAACCAGCCCAAAGGGAAGGUUGCUAGAUAGGCGAUCCAGAUCUGGGAAAGGCAGGGGACUACCAAAGAAAGGUGGUGCAGGAGGUAAAGGUGUUUGGGGUACACCUGGACAGGUAUAUGAUGUAGAGGAAGUAGAUGUGAAAGAUCCUAACUAUGAUGAUGACCAGGAAAACUGUGUUUAUGAAACUGUAGUUUUGCCUUUGGAUGAAAGAGCAUUUGAGAAGACUCUAACACCAAUCAUACAGGAAUAUUUUGAGCAUGGAGAUACUAAUGAAGUUGCGGAAAUGCUGAGAGAUUUAAAUCUUGGUGAAAUGAAAAGUGGAGUACCAGUGUUGGCAGUGUCCUUAGCAUUGGAGGGGAAGGCUAGUCAUAGAGAAAUGACAUCUAAGCUUCUUUCUGACCUUUGUGGGACAGUAAUGAGCACAAAUGAUGUGGAAAAAUCAUUUGAUAAAUUGUUGAAAGAUCUACCUGAAUUAGCACUGGAUACUCCUAGAGCACCACAGUUGGUGGGCCAGUUUAUUGCUAGAGCUGUUGGAGAUGGAAUUUUAUGUAAUACCUAUAUUGAUAGUUACAAAGGAACUGUAGAUUGUGUACAGGCUAGAGCUGCUCUGGAUAAAGCUACCGUGCUGCUGAGUAUGUCUAAAGGUGGAAAGCGUAAAGAUAGUGUAUGGGGCUCUGGAGGCGGGCAGCAACCUGUCAAUCACCUUGUUAAAGAGAUUGAUAUGCUGUUGAAAGAGUAUUUACUGUCUGGGGACAUACCUGAAGCUGAACAUUGCCUUAAGGAACUGGAAGUACCUCAUUUUCACCAUGAGCUUGUAUAUGAAGCUAUUGUAAUGGUUUUAGAGUCAACUGGAGAAAAUACGUUUAAGGUGAUUUUGGAUUUAUUAAAAUCCCUUUGGAAGUCUUCUACCAUUACUGUAGACCAAAUGAAAAGAGGUUAUGAGAGAAUUUAUAAUGAAAUUCCAGACAUUAAUCUGGAUGUCCCACAUUCAUACUCUGUGCUUGAGCGAUUUGUAGAAGAAUGUUUUCAGGCUGGAAUAAUUUCCAAACACCUCAGAGAUCUUUGUCCUUCAAGGGGCAGAAAGCGUUUUGUAAGCGAAGGAGAUGGAGGUCGUCUUAAACCGGAGAGCUACUGAAUAUAAGAACUCUUGCAGUCUUAGAUAUUAUAAAAAUAUAUAUCUGAAUUGUAAGAGUUGUUAGCACAGGUUUUUUUUUUUUUUUAGCACUUGUUUUGGGUACAAGGCAUUUCUGAAAUUUUACAAACUUACAUUUAAGGGGAACUUUUAAAAGAUUUUUUUUUUUUUUGAGGGGGAAAGGAGAGACAGAAAAGUAACUUCUUAAGUGGAAUAUUCUAAUAAGCUACCUUUUGUAAGUGCCAUGUUUAUGACCUAAUCAUUCCAAGUUUUGCAUUGAUGUCUGACUGCCACUCCUUUCUUUCAAGGACAGUGUUUUUUGUAGUAAAAUCACUGGUUUAUACAAAGCUUUAUUUAGGGGGUAAAGUUAAGCUGCUAAAAUACCCCAUGUUGGCUGCUGCUGUUGAAAUACUGUGCUUUGGGAGUUAAAAAAAAAAAAAAGGUUAUUUCUUUGUCUUAAAGAAUUUUUAAAAAAUGAGUUAGUCAUAAGACUUAUUCAUCUUUCCAGGGAACAUAUUGAUUGGUCUUAAAGACUAGACAGUUAAGUAAAUGAAUGGUGGCUGGAACAUCUAUUUUUCUACAAAACUGGAAAAAUGAACUUGGUUUGAGAAGAAUGUACAACAAAAUAAAACAUGUGAAACAGU